AUGGAGAAGCAUAUCGAACUACAGAGGUUCAACCAUGAGCCUCUGCGACCGAGGGGCCGGGGCUCCAUCUCGGAAGGCAAAGGCCGGCAGUUCGACAACGACAGAUAUGAAUUGGCGAAAGUGGGAAAGAAGCAGGUGUUGAAGCGUCGCUUCGGACUGGUGUCUAUGACCGGUCUCUCUUGCGGGUUGAUGUGUACCUGGGAGACUUUGCUUGUCGGCGGGCCUGCUGGCCUCAUCUACGGCUUCAUUCUGAUUUGGCUGGGCAACUUCUCCGUCUUCGUCUGCAUCGGUGAGCUUGCGAGCGCCGUUCCGACUGCUGGUGGCCAGUAUCACUGGGUCUCUUUACUGGCGCCGCGCUCAAACAGGAAGUUCUUCAGUUACGUGACCGGUUGGCUCACUGUCAUUGGCUGGAUCGCAGCUCUUACUUCCGUAUGCUACUUUGUAGCCGACUUGAUCCUGCAGUUGGUCAGUCUGAACGAUCUCGAGGGCACAUAUGUCCGCGAAGGCUGGCAUGGUACACUUCUCCUCUGGGCUAUACUGCUCUUGUGUGUCUUCAUCAACGUCUUUAUAAGCGGAGCCCUUCCCACGAUCGAAGUCGUCGUCCUCAUCGUCCACAUCCUUGGCUUCUUUGGCAUUCUAGUGCCGCUGAUCUACUUGCCAUCGAGCCACAAUUCGGCCAAGAAGAUCUUCACGAUGUUUCACAAUGAAGGAGGGUGGAGCACGCAGGCUCUGGCCUUCUUUGUGGGACUACAGGGCAAUGCUUUGGCAUUCGUCGGAACAGACUCAGUCGUCCAUAUGUCUGAAGAAGUCAAAAACGCCAGCACCGACGUUCCACGUUCAAUGCUUCUCAGUCUCGUCAUUAAUGGCACAUUGGCAUUAGGAAUGCUCUUCGCCGUUCUCUUCAGCGCCCACGAUAUCCCAAAAUUACUCAACGACCAAACAGCGACAACCGCGCCUUUCCUCCGCAUCUUCACACAGGCUGUCGGUUCCGAAGCCGGUGCUACAGUCAUGGUUGCAAUCAUCGUCCUACUCGAAUUCUGCAGUGCAAUGGGGUGCCUUGCAGCUGCAUCGCGCAUGACAUGGUCGUUCGCCCGAGACCGCGGCCUUCCUUUCUCUCGCGCUCUCAGCAUGAUCGACAAACGCAGCACCAUCCCCGUCAUCUCCAUCCUCGUCGUAACCGUCUUCGCCGCGCUCCUCGCCCUCAUAAACAUCGGCAAUAGCGCCGCCUUCAACGGAACGAUCUCCCUCGUGCUAGAAGGUUUCUACCUCUCCUACCUCCUCGCCAUCGGCCUGCUCCUCUGGCGCCGCGUCCGCGGUGACCUAGACAAUCCGGACUCCUCGCUCACGAUCUUCAACGAAGCGCAAGUGGACGAGGCAUACGAUCACAGUCUGACCUGGGGCCCUUGGCGUCUCAAGGGCGCGUGGGGCGUUGCUAACAAUGUCGUUGCUAUCUGCUACCUUACUCUCAUCAUCUUCUUUAGCUUCUGGCCUAGCCAGCCCCAUCCCGAUCUAGUCAAUAUGAAUUGGGCGGGUGUGGUGACAGGGGCGGUGGCGGCGUUUAGUGUGGCGUACUAUUUGCUGUUUGCGAAGAAGUCGUAUACUGGGCCGAUUGUCGAAGUGGAUCCUCAUGUGUUGUGA